GGCCAUUCAUUGACCUCCGAUUUCCUCAGCGUCUUUCCUUUUGUUCCUUCUUUCUUCUCUUCCUUCUUUCUUCUUUUCUAACGAUGUUUUCCAACCAAACCGCUCUUAGGUGCUUCCGCCGAAAUAACUUUGGAAUCCCCUACCUCGGCUAUUACUCAGCCUCCCACAUGGCUAGCAAAACUGUUGAAACAAAUCGAGAGUUAUUUGAGUACACUUCUGGGAGGUGGAUAUAUAAUGAGUCACUUCGUCUGCCUGAGAGAGCCCUUGUUUUUAGUGUCCGAGAGCUCAAACGUGUUGCGGCUGCCUCCAUCCACCGACAUGAAACUGAUAUCAAGAGCUUCAAAAAGCUUGCAGAGGGUGGAUUUAACCGUGUCUUUGAAAUCACAAUGAAGGAUGAUGGCGCGAAAGUUCUUGCCCGACUACCUUACCCAUCCACCGUCCCCAAACGGCUCACAGUUGCGAGCGAGGUCGCAACUUUGGACCUAAUCCGUUCCCAUGAUAUUCCUGUACCUAAAGUCUUGGAUUACUCGACAAACCCCGACAACCCUGUCGGCGCUGAGUACAUCAUUAUGGAGAAAAUUAAUGGGGAUCCGAUCGGAGAGUCAUGGUACACCCUUUCAGACAAGCAACGAUUGAAAGUCCUCAAGGGAUUGGUACAACUUGAGGCAAAGUUAUUUGCCAUCGAUCUUCCGGCAUCCGGUAGUCUAUAUUAUUCUCACGAUUUACCUCCAGAAAUGAAAGGUAUUAUCAUUCGUCCGUCGCAGGAUUCUGAUGUCACGGCCCGUCGUGGCGAAAUUUGUGUUGGCCCAAUUACAUCUCUGAAGUGGUGGUAUGGGGAACGGCGCUUGCUUUGUAACAUCAAUCGCGGUCCACACUUGGACGCUACCGAGUCUCUCACAGCUAUUGCAGAGAAGGAAUUAGCAUGGUUACAAUCCUACGGGAAACCACGCUUUCCCUUUGAGCGAGCAUACCGAGAAGCUACAAAUUAUCGGAAAUCAGUCCCUGAAGAACAUAUGGCAACACUUGAGAAGUAUCUAAAGAUAGCACCUUACCUCGUCCCAAAGGAUAAAAGUCUGCAUAGGCCUAUCCUGCGCCAUCCCGACCUGCAACCUAAUAACAUUUUUGUUUCCAAGGACUUGGACAUCAUUGGUCUGAUAGACUGGCAAUAUUGUUCGGCUCUUCCCAUCUUCCUUGCCGCCGGGAUCCCGCAGUAUAUCCAGAACUAUGAUGAUGAAGAAUCACUUCACUUCAUCCCACCCAAACUACCUAAGACACUUGAUGAAAUGAGUGCUCAUGAGCGCUCCACUGCAUUGGAACAGUUUCGGCGCCGUCACCUACAUUUUUAUUAUCUUGGAUUUACGCAACGUUUUAAUCCGUCACAUUUCCACGCUCUUGACCACGAUAGAAGUCAUCUUCUGAAACGCAAAACAUUUACCCAUGCGGGUGACCCCUGGGAAGGGAAUAACAUCCAACUUAAAGCAGAUUUAGUGCAUAUGGUGCAAAACUGGGAUAAGGUUGUCACCAGCGCAGAUGCUGAAGGGGGUGGUGGCACUGAUGCAGUUGUACCUCCAUGUCCCAUAACCUUCGACCUGUCAGAAGCCCAGGACACCCUCCGCAUUGAAAAGGAAUAUGAAAAGACAGACUCUCAACUCUCUCUCAUUCGAGAUGCAAUUGGAGUCAGCAUCGAUGGAUGGACAUCAAAUGAGAUGUUUGAGGACGCCAUUGCGCGAGCGAAGGAGUUCAAAAAGAUGGCCAUCGACUCUGUUUCGGACAAUAAGAUAGAUCAGGAGAUGACAGAGAAACAUUGGCCUUUUGAUGAUUUUGUUGAGGAUGAGUAGUUAUCUUGGUUAUCAUGUAUUGUAGUAUUAUUCCAUGUUGUGUCUUGGAUAUACUGUACAACAACCAAGGCUACAGGCUUCACAUCCCCUCCAAGAGGAAGUGCGGAAAUAUUGUCAAGACGAGCUUGAAUCCGGCAACGACUGAUCAGACAUUAGACCGUUCAGGUCUCUAUC